AUGAGCAGUCAAAGCGAAGAGGAGAAGGAGAUCCGCCGGCGCAAGGUGGAGGAACUCAUGCGCAAACACGAAAUGAAAGAGAAGGGUGGCCUGUCGUCGAGCCCGUCGCGGACCAGCGAUCGACAGCAAAAGCAGCCCUCCCUCCAAAACAAUGCCUACGCAUCUGUCGCGCAACCUCCCAUCACCACGCAAUCUGCCAAGGCGACUGAUGCGCCGCCUAAAAGUGCUGCGGUAGCUCCCCAUUCAUCGUCAAACGGCGAAAAUGGCAGCCAAGCCACCAUCGACCUCGACGUGGACGUGGAUGAUGUGGAGCGCAUCUUGGAGAAGGCUGCCCGCCUGCUGCGCGAUGAGGAAGAUAGGAAGGUGAGGAAUUCCAUACGGCUCACAUCUUCUCCGCUUUCCUCCUCUACUUCGUCAUCAUCUUCAUCUUCAUCUUCUUUAUCUGCUUCAUCUGCCGCCCCGCAGGCGGCCACUCCUGCCGCGGCUGCCGCCCCUCCUACUGCUGCAGCUUCGCCAGCCGCCGCUGCGGUCCCUCCUACGCCUGCACCCACCCCCGUCGUUCCGCCUCAGGAGCAGACGCACGUCGUACAAAAGGAGGAGCAGGAGCAGGGGGGAGAGGAGCAGGAAGAGGAGCAAACGAAGAAGAUCAAGAAGAAGAAAAAGAAGAAGACUUCGCCUCGAGACGAGAACGGCUACGACAAAGCAUCGUCUCCCGAGCGCAAGAAGAAGAAAAAGAAGAAGAGGAAGGGCAGCAAUGACAGCAACGGUAGCAACGAGAGCAACGACGGCGGCGUCGCCGCUCCGCAGCCAGCAGCAACAGCAGCGGAGGAGGAGGUCGUAGCGCAGACCGCGUCUGCCGCCGAGGCCUUGGCGAAGGUGGCGGAGGAACCAGAACGCCAGCCCGUGGAGCAGAUGAUGCCCGAGUCGAACGACAGCGCCGGAGCCCUCAGCACGAGCAAGGACGAGGAAGAGGCGGAAGAGGAGGCGGAAGCGGAAGAGGCGGAAGGCGGCAGCAGCAGCUCUGAGUCGAGCUUCGAGGACAACAACAACAGCCUGUCGCCGCUCACGUCGCCGACGUCGAUGUCGAACGAGGCCGAGGCCACCACCGAGCUCGGGGGUCCGUCGUCGCCGGACUGCAUCGACGAUCCUGACGCUGUGAGGCACCGCGCCACGGCGUGGCAGAAGGCCAACUUCGUGGCCGCCAAGCCGUCCGAGCAGGCGCGCCGCACGGUCGCGCGCCCGCAUUCGGGCGGGUACGGUCGGACCACCCGCGCGUUCCUGGGCAAUCGGAGCUCGGAGCCGGGCAGCCCCGCCGGUGGUGCGCAACCGUCGACGCCGCCGGCCGGCCAUCCGGCGCUCAAGCUCUAUCGCUCUGUCGAGAGUGGAUCGUCAGAGCGCACGAACAACGACGAUGAAGCCGAGGACGCGAUCAAGGACCGCAAGUCGGUCUACUCGAUGCAACUGCCCACGUCCUCGUCGGGCGGCGGUUCCGAGGUGAGCCAGGCCAUCAACGCCUCUCUCGCACGCAAGUGGGGAGCAGCCCGACGUUCGGGGCCGGUCCACACGAGCUUCCAGGACCUGAUGCGCCUGCGGUCAUCGUCGGUCAUCGGCAACGACUUCACCGGCUCGGGCUCGCUGCCCGUGACCACCGGCUCGCACACCAUGACCAACAAAAACGACGAGUAUGUGAUCAAGUUCGUGCACGACGACGAGUUGUUCAGGAUCGUGUGCAGCUGCGAGAUGAACGCCAGCCAGAUCAAGGCGGCGAUGAUCCAACACGUCAAGGCCUUCCUGGGCAUCCCCGACAGCGAUCCCAAGGGCAAGGACAAGGAGGACUCGGAGAGCGAAAGCGAAUCGAAAUCGCGGCCGUCGUCGUCGUCGAUUCUGUCUUCGUCGUCAUCGUCGUCGUCCUCCCUGUCGUCCUCCUCCUCCUCCUCCUCGUCGCCGCGCACCUCCACCUCGUCGCCGCCUCCGCUCGGCCAAUCGUUGGACGAGAAGGACUACGUGCUCAAGAUUCCUGGCGUCAACUACUACUUGGUCAAGGAGGAGCAGUCGCUGCAUCUGGUGGGCGUGCUGCAGGUCUGCAAGAAGAGCUUCGUGUCCUUCCCGCUCGAGAUGAUCCCUCGGCCUUCGACCGACGUCCUGCACGAGAACGACAAGCUCAACGUGCGAGAGAAGAUCAUGUCGGAGCUCAACGCCAACACGGAGGUGUUUGAGCUGCUCAGCAACCCCAUCUCGGGCGACAACCCGCUGCUCCAGAUCCUCAAAUCGGACAACGACGAAAUCAACUCCUUCCGCAAACGCAUCACCAAGGUUCGCCGCGCGGUGUUGAAGGAGCGGGAGGCGCUCGUGCGCCAGCUCUCCGAAGCCCACUCCAACAGCAAAUACGACACCUCGUUCUUGCCCCAGUACAGGGAGUCGGAGCCGCUGCCGCUGAACCUGCCCAACUCGUUCAUCAUCCUCGCCUACCAGCCGGCCGACGAGAAGGACGAGGUCCAGACCUCGACCCAGAAGUUCAGCGUCACCCGCAACCAAACCGUCGCCGAACUCAAGAGCAACAUGUUCCGCAAGUACAAGGGCACGCACCCGCUGGCCACGGGCACGGAGGAAGACUACAUCGUGAAGGUGACUGGCUUUAAGGAGUACAUGAUCGGCUCCCACAAGAUCCUCUCCUACGACUACAUCAGGAAAUGCUUGAGCAAGAAGGUGACCCCGAUCCUGUCGCUCGUUCCCCUCAAGGACGUGGACCUGAUGAUCCCCGAGCCCGUUGAAGACUCUGUUGUCGACAUGAUCUUGUCGCGGGAGAAGAACGUGCACAUGUCGAAGCUGCGAUAUAAGGACCAGGAGCCGCGCAAGCCCAUCUCGGAGAUGGUGCAGCAGCUGCGGGUGAAGAUCAACGGCGUCGAUAAUGUCGACACGUUCAACCACAUCAUCAAGAGCUGGAUGCGGGAGCAGAAGGGCAAGAAGGAGCACAAGGAGCAGAAGGGCUCGCUGAUCGACGACAAGGACGGCGGCAAGAAGAAGACCUACUGCCUCUACGUCUGCGCGCAGAUCUACCACGGCGAUGAACUGAUUGCGGAUGACAUGUACACGAACGCGAUCCUGUAUAGUAAUGGACCUCUGUGGAACGAGUGGCUCGUUUCCUCUGUCAAACUACGAGACAUCCCGCGAGGGUCACGGAUGUGCUUCACGCUCUACCGGCGACAGCUGGACAACACGGUGUCGGCCGAGGCUGUGUUCACGGAGAAGGGCCGGUUCAACGAGAAGACCGACGUGCCGCUCGGGUGGGUCAACUUCCAGUUCAUCGACCACAAGGACCAGCUGCGGCAGGGCCUCUGCUCGUUCAAGCUGUGGCUCGGCAAGCCCAACCCGAUCGGCACCUGCGUGGAGAACGUGGCGGUCAAGGACAAGGAGCGGGCCACCACGCUCCACGUCGAGUUCCAGAUCCACCGCACGGCGGUCUACUUCCCGCCGCCGCCGACGGUCAACCCCGCCGACGCGGCCGCCGCCGCCCGCGGCUCGAGCCAGCCCGCGCCCGCGCCCUCGUCGGCCGACGCCUCCAAGCAGAAGAUCAUCAAGCUCCAGCUCGAAGAGAUCAUGAAGAAAGGUUACGAACUGCGACUCUGCUCUUCAGCCACUGCCGCACUCGUCGGCCAUCCGCUGACAGCGCUCGGGGAGGACGAGCGGCAGCUUUUGUGGGAGUGCCGAGAGUUCUGCGCCCAGUUCCCCUCGCUCCUUCCUCGUUUCCUCCAGUACGUCAAGUGGAACGACAGGGAAAGUGUGCUCGAGGCCUAUCGCAUGCUGGCGCUGUGGAGCCCGCCUACGCCCUUCGAAGCGCUUUCGCUGCUCGACGCCAAGUACGCCUCGCCGGUGGUGCGCGCCUACGCCGUCAAGCGACUGCACGAGCUCGACGAUCGGGCGCUCUCCGACUUCCUCCUCCAGCUCACCCAGGUGUUGAAGUACGAGGCGUACCACUACUCGCCCCUGGCCGAGUUUUUGCUCUCGCGCGCGCUCAUGAACGUCAACCAGAUCGGGCAUGCCUUCUUCUGGCUUCUCAAGUCGGAGCUGCAUAACCCCACGAUCGCGUCGCGUUAUUCGCUGUUGGCCGAGGCCUACCUGCGCGGCUGCGGAGCCCACAGGCAGGAGCUCGUCAAGCAGAACAAGGUCCUCAACCAGCUGGCCAAGGUCGCCAUGCGCGUCAAGGAGGCUCCCUCGUCCUCCGAAAAGAAGAAGGUGCUCGAGGAUGGCCUGAGGAGAAUGGAGUUCCCGGCCAGGUUCCAGCUGCCGCUGGACCCGCGACAGGAGGUGAAGGGGGUGAUCGUCGACAAGUGUAAAUAUAUGGACAGCAAGAAGCAGCCCCUCUGGCUCGUUUUUGAAAACGCCGAGAAGCGAGGCGCGCCCAUCCGCGUCAUCUUCAAGGCCGGCGACGAUCUUCGGCAAGACGUGUUGACGCUGCAAAUGCUCCGCAUCAUGGACAAGCUGUGGAAGGAGGAGGGGCUCGACCUCCGCCUCAAUCCCUACGGCUGCGUCGCCACGGGCGAUGAGCUCGGCAUGAUCGAGGUGGUGCUCAACGCCUCGACUACGGCAUCGGUCAACAAGGAGAAGGGCGGGUCGAAGGCCGUACUGUACAAGGACACCCUCACCAGCUGGCUCAAGGAGAAGAACCCUUCGGCGGAGGCGUUCGAGGCCGCGCAGGAGAACUUCAUGCUCAGCUGCGCCGGCUACUGCGUGGCGACGUACGUGCUGGGCAUCGGCGAUCGACACAACGAUAACAUCAUGAUCACCCAAUUUGGUCAUUUGUUCCACAUCGAUUUCGGGCACUUCCUGGGCAACGUGAAGAGCAAGCUGGGAAUCAAGCGAGAGCGGGCGCCGUUCAUUUUCAACCCCCAGUUCGCGCACGUGCUGGGCGGCUCACAGGGCACGCGCUACGCCCAGUACGUCGAGACCUGCCAGCGGGCCUACAACAUCGUCCGCAAGCACGCCCACAUGUUCAUCAACCUCUUCAUGAUGAUGUUAUCAACGGGAAUUCCGGAGCUGCAGUGCGAGGAGGACAUCCUGUACCUGUGCGGGUCGCUGCUGGUGGGCACCGAGGAGAAGGCCGCGGCCGAGAACUUUGCCAAGCUCAUCGAGGAGGCGAGGAAGACCAAGUCGGUGCUCGUCAACGACAUCGUCCACAUCUGGGCUCACUCCAAGAAGUGA